AAAGAUCCAAACAAAAUAUUCCUUCCAACUCCAUCGCUAUAAUAUGAGUACAUAACCUCACAAAUCCAGGCUUUCAAGCAAGGAUUUCGUAUCAAUUUUGACUUACGAUUUUCAAACUUAAUUCCUUGCAUCUCACGUACUCUCCUAUCUCUCUGUCCAUAGUCCAUGCUCCAUACACACUCGAUUGCAUAUUGGUAAUGCAAAGCACCUUCGCCGGCGAUUAUCUGAACGGAAGUGGCAGUUUUUCUUGGUGGUGGACGGUGGUGUUGUCAUAACUACAGUUUAUAAAUGUCGACUGAGCGUCUAAUUUCGAAAGGUUCUUUGCAAUCGCACCAUGGGUCUCAGUCUCGCCGCUCUUCCGCCGAAUCGAUCCGUAUCUUCGAUGAACUCCCUAAGGGUACCAUUCUAUCUGUCUCCCGAACCGACGUCAGUGAUAUUGGACCCUUGCUUCUCUCUUACACCAUUCAACUCGAAUACAAACAGUUCAAAUGGCGUUUACUAAAGAAGGCGUCACAAGUUAUCUACUUACAUGUCGCAUUGAAGAAACGUGCAAUAGUUGAGGAAUUUCAUGAGAAGCAAGAGCAGGUUAAGGAUUGGCUUCAACACAUAGGAAUAGGAGAUCAGACAGCAAUUGUGCAUGACAAUGAUGAACCUGAUGAUGGAGCUAUUCCUGUACAUAAUGAAGAUAACAUUAAAAAGAGAUCUGUCCCAACUAGGGCUGCUCUGUCAAUUAUAAGACCAUCAAUUGGGAGGUCAACAGUUUCAGAAAGAGCAAAAGUUGCAAUGCAGAAUUAUCUUAAUCACUUCCUUGGGAACAUUGAUAUUGUGAAUUCUCGUGAGGUUUGCAAAUUUCUGGAGGUCUCUAAGUUAUCGUUUUCUCCAGAGUAUGGCCCAAAGUUGAAAGAGGAUUAUGUUUUGGUUCAACAUUUAAGUCAUAUCCAAAGAGAUGAUGGAGAUGCAGGAUGUUUUAUGUGCUGUUGUUGCAGAAACAAUUGGCAGAAGGUUUGGGCAGUAUUAAAACCUGGAUUUUUGGCUCUACUAGAAGACCCUUUUAGUGCCAAACUCUUAGAUAUCAUUGUAUUUGAUGUUCUACCUUCAAAUGGGGAUAAAGAGAAUCAAGUACUUUUGGUGGAGGAAGUAAAGGAAAAGAACCCUCUUCGUUAUGCAUUCAAGAUUACAUGUGGAAACCGAAGUACAAAGAUAAGAAGCACAAGCAAAGCAAAAAUCAGAGACUGGAUAUCAGCCAUUUAUAAUACUGGUCAAAAGCCAAAAGAAGCUUGGUGCAAUCCUCAUCGUUUUGGUUCCUUUGCUCCACAAAGGGGUUUGACUUUGACCGAUGAUGGUAGUCAAGCUCAAUGGUUUGUAGAUGGACAUGUAGCAUUUGAAGCAAUUGCUUCAUCAAUAGAAAAUGCAAAAUCAGAGAUUUAUGUUACUGGAUGGUGGCUAUGCCCCGAACUUUAUUUAAAACGUCCAUUUCAUGCAAAUGGAGCUUCACGCCUUGAUGCACUUUUUGAAGCUAAAGCAAAGGAAGGUGUGAAGAUCUACAUUCUUCUCUACAAGGAGGUCCAAAUUGCUUUAAAAAUCAAUAGUUUAUACAGCCAGAAAAUGCUUCUUAACAUUCAUGAGAAUGUUAAAGUGUUGCGUUAUCCUGACCAUUUUGCAGCUGGCAUCUACUUGUGGUCACACCAUGAAAAGAUUGUAGUUGUUGAUCACAAAAUCUGCUUUCUUGGGGGAUUAGAUCUAUGUUUUGGUCGUUAUGAUACAAUUGAACACAAAGUUGGUGAUAACCCUCCUUUCACAUGGCCUGGAAAGGACUAUUAUAACCCUAGGGAAUCCGAACCAAAUUCUUGGGUGGACACCAUGACAGAUGAAUUGGACAGAAGAAAAGUUCCCCGUAUGCCAUGGCAUGAUGUUCACUGUGCUUUGUGGGGACCACCUUGUCGUGAUGUAGCUAGACACUUUGUGCAACGUUGGAACCAUGCUAAGAGAAACAAAGCACCAAACGAACAAACCAUACCACUACUAAUGCCACAACAACACAUGGUCCUUCCACACUACAUGGGAAGAAGCCAAAAUUUAGACAUUGAGAGUAACCCUACUGAUGGAAACCAGAUAGACAUUACACAGGGUUCUUUUUCCUAUGAGUCACCAUCACAAGACAUACAGUUUCUUUUGCCUCGAGAAGCUCAUGAGAUAGAUUCUUCAAAUGUCAAUAACAAGUUGCAUGGAGUGGACCAGAGAAACCCUGUUGAUCCAUCUCAUGAUGAACAUUUAAACCAAUCCCUGUCAACAACAUAUUCUGCAGAUGAUUUUAGUUCCCUGGAUCAUCAUCAUGAAAAUAGCAUGGUGACAACUAGUUUUGGAUCCGAAAUGUCAGAUGAGAGUUGUGAAAGGCAACAAGUUUCUAGUGGUGAAAUUUCACAAGUAGGUCCACGUACAUCAUGCUCUUGUCAGGUUAUCAGAAGUGUUAGCCAUUGGUCAGGUGGAACGAGUCGAACCGAAGACAGCAUUCACAAAGCUUAUUGUUCCCUAAUUGAAAAUGCAGAAAAGUUUAUUUACAUUGAGAAUCAGUUUUUCAUAUCAGGCCUUGCAGAUGAUGACAUCAUAGAGAAUCGUGUCCUGGAAGCUCUGUACAGACGUAUACUGCGUGCACAUAAAGAGGAAAAGUGCUUCAGAGUUAUUGUUGUUAUACCACUCUUACCAGGAUUCCAGGGGCGUAUGGAUGAUGGUGGGGCAGCAACGGUUAGAGCUAUAAUGCAUUGGCAGUAUCGAUCGAUUUCAAGAGGAGAAAAUUCAAUACUAGAGAAGCUCAACUCAGUGGUUGGUCCUAAAACAGAUGAUUAUAUAUCAUUUUAUGGUCUUAGGACAUAUGGGAGAUUGGGUGAUGAUGGUCCACUUGUCACAAGUCAGGUGUAUGUGCAUAGCAAAGUGAUGAUAGUUGAUGAUCGUAUCACCUUAAUUGGAUCAUCCAACAUAAAUGACAGGAGUUUGCUUGGUCACAGGGACUCCGAGAUUGGGGUUCUGAUUGAAGAUAAAGAGUUUACUGAAUCAACAAUGAAUGGUGAACCUUGGAGUGCUGGGAAAUUUGCUAAUAGCCUUCGACUUUCUCUAUGGUCUGAACAUCUUGGUCUGAAUGGCAAUCAGAUUAGUCAGAUUAGAGACCCGAUAGCUGAUGUGACAUACAAAGAUCUAUGGCUGGCAACUGCAAUGGCAAAUGCCCAGAUUUACCAGGAUGUGUUUUCUUGCAUCCCAAAUGAUUCUAUACACUCAAGAUAUGCUUUUCGACAAAGUAUGAACUACUGGAAAGAGAAACUUGGACAUACGACAAUUGAUUUAGGUUUAGCCCCUGAAUCAUCAUCAACAAGGGAUGGAAGUGUUGUUCCUUCAAUGGAGGUAUUAAAGGGAGUAAGAGGGUUUCUUGUUUCGUUUCCGUUAGAGUUCAUGUCUCAGGAAGAUUUAAGACCCAUGUUUAGUGAGACUGAGUUCUAUACAUCUCCUCAGGUCUUUUACUAGACAUACAUCAUUCAUUCAAUAUUCAAUUAGGGAGAAAUGUACAUGAAUUAUAUAUAAUUUUCUUGUGAUUGAUUGUUAGAGGGAAAAGGGUGUGGUUGUGUAGAUCAGUGAAUAAAUGUAAAUUGUAAAAUUACAAUCUACAUAGAUAAAGUUGUGUAGAGCAGUGAAUAAAUAAGUAUAUCUAUCUUGAACCA